AAGUGGCCGAGCCGCCCGUGGACCGGCUGAUUCAUUGGGGCCAGAGCGAGCGAGAUAUGGAUCGACUUUUGCGAUUGGGAGGUGGUAUGCCUGGGCUUGGACAGGGCCCACCAACUGAUGCCCCAGCCGUGGAUACAGCAGAACAGGUUUACAUAUCUUCGCUUGCUUUGCUGAAGAUGUUGAAACAUGGACGAGCUGGCGUUCCAAUGGAAGUGAUGGGCCUGAUGCUUGGUGAAUUUGUUGAUGACUACACAGUCCGUGUUAUUGAUGUAUUUGCUAUGCCUCAGUCUGGCACAGGUGUUAGUGUUGAAGCAGUUGAUCCUGUUUUUCAAGCCAAAAUGUUGGACAUGUUGAAACAGACAGGAAGACCUGAAAUGGUUGUUGGCUGGUACCAUAGUCACCCUGGCUUUGGAUGCUGGCUUUCAGGAGUUGACAUCAACACUCAGCAGAGCUUUGAAGCCCUGUCGGAGCGAGCUGUUGCCGUAGUGGUGGAUCCUAUUCAGAGUGUAAAGGGAAAGGUUGUUAUUGAUGCCUUCAGACUGAUCAAUGCUAAUAUGAUGGUAUUAGGACAUGAGCCGAGGCAAACAACAUCAAAUCUUGGACAUCUCAACAAACCAUCUAUCCAGGCUUUGAUUCAUGGAUUAAACAGGCACUACUACUCUAUCACUAUAAAUUAUCGGAAAAAUGAACUUGAGCAAAAGAUGUUGUUGAACUUACAUAAGAAAAGCUGGAUGGAGGGCCUAACACUUCAAGACUACAGUGAGCAUUGUAAACUUAAUGAAACUGUGGUAAAAGAAAUGCUGGACUUGGCCAAGAAUUACAACAAGGCUGUAGAGGAGGAGGAUAAAAUGACUCCAGAACAACUAGCAAUUAAAAAUGUUGGGAAACAAGAUCCAAAACGCCAUUUGGAAGAGCAUGUGGAUGUCGUGAUGACUUCAAAUAUUGUGCAGUGCCUAGCAGCCAUGUUGGAUACAGUUGUAUUUAAAUAAUGAACUGUAAUGCUGUAAAGUUGUAGUGCAUUGUUUUUUUAAAAAUUGUAUCAUUAAUGUUUGACUGGUAAUACAGAGGCUGCUAAAGGCUUUACUUAAGUGUAGACGUUGGAACCUGCGAACAAUGGUGUCACUGAGCAACCUGUCAUUGCUUAUUUUGAUUCCAUUGUUAAGAAUAUGGAUCUUAUUUUCCUUGUUUAAAAAUACAUUGAAGAUUAAACUUCAUACUCAACUUUGA